AUGGCCCUGCAGAACGCGCUGUACACGGGCGACCUGGGCCGGCUGCGGGAGCUCUUCCCGCCGCACAGCACGGCCGACCUGCUGCUGGAGAGCCGGGCGGCCCGAGCCGCGUGGAGCAGCUGCCAGAGGGGGCGGCCGGGGGUCCGGGGAGCCCCCCGGGGCCGGGCCGGGCCCCAUCGCGGUGCGGGCGGCCGCGGGCCCGGCCCUGGCGCUCUGGCGGGCCGCGCUGGCCGGGGACGCGGGCUCCGUCUCCCGCGUCCUGGCCGACCCCAGCGCUGGCCUGGCCCCCGACGCCGUCUUCGACACCAGCGACCCGGAGCGGUGGAGGGACUUCCGGUUCAACAUCCGCGCUCUGAGGCUCUGGUCUCUGACCUACGAGGAGGAGCUGACACCCCCCUGCACGUGGCGGCCAGCCGGGGCCACGCGGAGGUCUUGCGGCUGCUGCUCGGGCGGGGGGCCAGGCCCGACGGCGCCCCCGGGGGCCGCACCGCCCUGCACGAGGCCUGCGCCGCCGGCCACCCCGCCUGCGUCCACGCGCUGCUGGUGGCCGGAGCCGACCCCGACGCUCCCGACCCGAGGGAAAGCGCCCCUUGCAUCUCUGCCAAGGGGCCGGCGCCCUUGAGUGCUAGAGCGGUGGAGCGCCUCGCCCCGCACCCUCGAGGUGCUGCUCAACACCUACCACGCCGUGCAGCUCCCGCCCGAGGCCCUGAGCCUGGUGCCCCCCGAAACGCUGCAGGAGCACCCCCGUUUCUACGCCUCCCUCUCGGCCUUGGCGGGGCAGCCGCGCUCGCUGCAGCACCUGAGCCGCUGCGCCCUCCGCGCCCACCUGCAGGGCCGCUGCCC